AUGGUUAAAUCUUACGCAAGAUACAUCCAAGACUCCGUCUUCGGUGUGAUCUCUACGAAAUCGAAUUUGGUCAACAAUAGCAAAUCCAACACAGUUUAUGCUUCUGCAUUAGACUCGGUCAUUGAAUGGAAUUACAAGACACAGACGAAAAUAUCUGUGAUCUGCGAUACUCCUACACCAGGAUCUUUGAACGCUUCAUCUCUGCUACCACCGCCAGAGAUCACAAGGCUUGCAUACUCGCCGUUUGCGAAUUUAUUGGCUAUCGGAUCAUCGAAUGGCGAUAUCAAGGUGUGGGAUAUUUCAACCAGCUCUUUGAUAAUAAAAUUUCAAGGCCACAAAUCUGCAGUCACUUGCUUAGAAUUUGACACCAACGGUACCAGUUUGAUCAGUGGUUCGAACGAUUCUACAAUUAUCAUUUGGGAUUUGAUAUCCGAAUCUGGUUUGAUAAAGUUCAAGGGGCACAGAAACGCAAUUACCUCAAUUUACUACUACAACGACAACUAUUUGAUAUCCACUUCAAAAGAUGGAAUGAUUAAGAUCUGGGACUUGAAAAUCAACCAGUGCGUCGAGACCCAUUUGGCUCAUAAUGGGGAAUCAUGGUCGAUGUGCGUUUUUAAUCACGAGAAUAAAGAUAUGAUAUUAACUUCAGGUUUGAAUGGAGAAUGCAAACUUUGGACUUUGGAUGUGCAUCAAGACGAUGGCCACAAAAUAACCGAGUUCGGGACGUUUCAAAAACAAAGCAAGAACAAAGCUGUUGACAUUAAAUUUGACCCCUUCAAUAACUUAAUUUUAAUUGCCAACUCUGACAAGUUGGCAGAAGUAUUCCGAUUGAGAUCAGCUACAGAAAUUCAAAAAGCAGUUUCUAAGAGAACUAAAAGGUUGUCUGAAAAGGGUAUGACCCAGGAAGAGAUUGAAGAAUCACUUGAAAAUUCAAAAGUUUCGAUGCUAAUUACCCCAUUUACAAUAAUUUUCACGGAUUCUAAAAUUACCAAUUUCUGUCCAACAGAUUCCAGUUCGAAAGAUUUGAAUCUACUUAUUAACAACGCUAACAAUACGCUCAAUUACUGGAAUAUCAAAUUACCAGAAAAUGUCAAGAAGCACAAUAACGUAAAUGAUAAAAUAUCCAACUUGAAGUAUUCGGUAGAGAGACCAGGCCACAGAGGAGAUAUUAGAUCAGUAGACAUAAACGAUGAUAAUACGUUACUAUAUACAGGCUCCAACAAUCAGAUUAAGAUAUGGAAUUUGAAAACACUGAACUGCAUUAGGUCGAUAGAGAAGAUAGGAAAUGUGUUAUGCGGAAAGUUUCUUCCAGGUGGCUCUCUAUUAGUCGUUGGAACGAAAAGUGGAGAACUCAAGCUAAUCGAUUUGUCCACUUCUGAAGUCGUCCACCACAUUGAAGCCGCCCAUGACGACUCUAUCUGGUCGAUCGAAAUAACAUCUGACGGAAAAACAAUCAUAACCGGUUCUUCUGAUAAGAAGGUAAAAUACUGGGAAAUCAAAAUUAACAGCCUGGAGAAUAAGCUUCACUUGUCUCAUAGUAAAACUUUGGAAUUAAAUGAAAGUGUACUUGCAGUGAGGGUGUCUUCUGACUCAAAAUAUUUAUCAGUCUCGUUGAUGGACAACACAGUAAAAGUUUUCUUUUUCGAUACAUUAAAGUUCUAUUUGAGUUUGUACGGUCACAAGCUACCGGUGUUGUCAAUUGAUAUCUCGUUUGAUUCCAAAAUGAUCAUUACCUGUUCUGCAGAUAAGAAUGUGAGAAUUUGGGGUCUAGAUUUUGGUGAUUGUCACAAGUCUAUCUUUGCUCAUGAUGACUCAAUAAUGAACAUCAAGUUUUUCCCACAAUCACAUAACUUUUUGACUUGCUCAAAGGACAAGUAUAUAAAGUAUUGGGAUGGUGAUAAGUUUGAUCAAAUCCAGAAAUUUGCUGCUCACACCGGUGAAGUUUGGGGUUUAUCAAUAAGUUCAGAUUCCGAGUUCUUUGUAAGUGUUUCACAUGACUUCAGUAUUAGGGUAUGGAAUAUGGAUAAUGAUGAAGUUUUUAUUCAGGAAGAACGUGAAAAGGAAUUGGACGAACUCUACGAAAAUGAGCUUCUUACUUCUUUAGAAGGAGACGAUAUAACGCCAAGAAAAAAAAUAGGCGGUGAUGGUGAGGAAGCGGAGGAAGACAUCGACGAAGCAGAGACUGUCAGAGCAAAGACUAUGGAGAACCUCAAAGCAAGCGAAAAGUUGAUCGAAGCCUUGGAUAUGCUUGGUGAUGAAGACAACGCGUUACUACUUGCCAUGAAGACCACACCAAGUGAGCAUCUUUUCGACACGUUGUGUAAAAUCAAGCCCAAUCAGUUAGAAGACAGUUUGUUGAUUUUACCUUUCAGUCAUACUGUUAUACUUCUCAAGGCAAUCAGCAAGUGGACUAAAGAGGGUGAUCUUUUGCAAAAAAACACCUCCAAGUUAAAUGUUAUCUGCCGUACGUUAUUUUUCAUUGUUCGCUCUAACCACAUGGAAUUGAUCAGCCAGAGUGACGAUGUUUUCAAAACAGAGAUAACAAGCCUGAAAGACCAGCUCAGAUCCAUGAUUCUGAAAACUACCAAAGAUGUAGGUUUCAACAUUCAAGGUCUGAAAUUUCUACAAAACAGAUGGUCACAAGAUCAUAGCCACAUAUACACAGACGACAGUGGUUCCCAGCAAUUGAGCACCGACGCAACUGACAAGGUAAGGAAGAGGGUUUACACUACACUUGCCUGA